AUGAAAAAAAUCCAAGCUCUUCUUGCCACUAAUGAACCAAAUACGGCUAAAGAAGCAUUCAGAUUCGUUAAAGCUGCUGAAUACUAUCGGAAAUUUAUUCGUGAAUUUUCUCUAAUCGCACUUCCACUUUACAAAUAUGCACCACGGACGAAACAACAAGGCAAACGACCAUCUUCUCAGAAGACUACUUUAUCAGAAGAGGAUCGGAAAACAUUUAACGAAUUAAAGAGAAUUCUUACUACAGAUCUUAUUCUUCGUAUUCCAAAUAAUAAUUUAGAAUUUAAAUUGCAAACUGAUGCUUCUGAUGAUGGUAACGAAAAUACAGUGGCUGACUAUAUAUCACGAUCUCCAAUUGGAAAUUAUCAAGAGGAUAUUGAUGAUUUCCCUACGCAACUAUCUAAAUCUACACAAACAGAUUAUUUACGCCCUACCAUAACGACUAAUGCUGUUACUACUAGAGCUACAACAGCACGGAUAAAUUCAUUGGGUCAUAAGGAUGGUUCAUCGACUCGGAUAUUCACUCGAACAAGUAAAAAACACCGUAUUAAUAAGAAUAUACAAAAAUAUAGGGAUGCCAGUGAUAAUGCGGAGCUGUCUCAUCCUUCCACUCAAUUGCCAUCCAUAUCACAUACUGAUCCAAUCCCUUCAUUCACGUUGGAUGAUAUUGUAAGCCAACAAAGAUUGGAUGUGAGUGUACAACAUAUAAUACAAAAUAUUGAUAAGUAUAAAAAGUAUUUCGUCGAUAACGGCAUGUUGAUGCGUCAACAAACAUAUCCUCUAUCACCUGUUCCAUAUAUUUCAGAUCAUAAACUCCGUGUUAAUAUCAUUAGAAUAUAUCACGAUACACCUGCUAAUGGCGCUCAUUUUGGCAGAUUUAAAACUACGAGGAAAAUUCAAGAACGUUUUUAUUGGCCUUCAAUAACAAGAGAUAUUCGUCUUCAUAUACGAUCAUGCAUUCCGUGUUUACAAAAUAAUCAUCAGCGCAAGAAAAGUCCGGGUUUAUUAAAGCCAAUAACACCACCGUAA